CCUACACUGAGCAUCUUUCCGGAUCAGCAGAUGAUUGAGGGAAGUUCAGUGAGUCUGCGCUGCUCUACUAAGAUCUUCUGUCCGUCUCGUCCACCAUCUCUCACAUGGAGCUCGUCUCUCAUCGAGAGCGUCACAGGACGACAGUAUCAGAGCCAAACUGAGCUCAUCUCUGAUCUGAACUUCACUGUUUCUCACCGUCAUCACAGAGUCACUUUCACCUGCACUGCAACACACCAGAUACAGAAGCAGAACACAACACAAGAGUCUCGUCUGCUACACGUUCAGUAUGCUCCUAAAAACACAUCGGUGAGGAUAAACCCAGCUGGUUUAGUUCUGGAGGGUCGUUCAGUGACUCUGAUCUGCAGAAGUGAUGCAAACCCAGCAGUGAACUACACCUGGUACAGAGACACUGAGAGACCUCUGAAUCCAGUUCAGACCGGACCAAACCUGACCAUCAACAACACCGACCCGACACACAGCGGACGAUACUACUGUACAGCUGAGAACAAACACGGCACACAGAACUCAUCAGUGCUGCUGGACGUCCAGUAUGCACCUAAAAACACAUCUGUGAGGAUAAAUCCAGCUGGUUUAGUUCUGGAGGGUCGUUCAGUGACUCUGAACUGCAGCAGUGAUGCAAACCCAGCAGUGAACUACACCUGGUACAGAGAGACAGGGUCUCAGUUUCAGCUCCUCCAGACUGGAUAUAAUCACACCUACAUUGUGACAAACCCUACACACGGAGCAUGGUAUGGCUGUAAAGCUCAAAACCAGCAUGGCCACUGCAAUGCUGCAAUUCAGCUGGAUGUUCAGUUUGCACCCAAUAUCUCCAUCUCUUGCAGUCGAAGCAGUGUAACGGAGUGUGUGUGUGAGGCUCAUGGGAAUCCCUGUCCUACACUAGAGUGGCGUCUGUCUGGACGUGUGCUCACUAACUCUACAGAAACCUCCAUCAGUGAGGAGACGUUAGGAAGCACAGGAGUGAAGAGCGUCCUGAACACCCAUCAGUCGCUCACAGACACGGACGUCCUGCAGUGUUUCAGCACAAACAAAUACAGCAGCACCAGCACCAGCCAACAGUUUCAGGACGUCCUACCGCCACAAGACACACGUUUCCAUCAUCAGUCGGUGCUGCUCGGAGCUGCUGUCGGAGCCUCAGUGAUGAUGAUCGCGUGCUUCGUGAUGAUCUGCUAUGAACGAAGAAAGAAAGAAAAACCUUCAGAAAUCAGACAAGAUGACACAUCUGGACUCAUUCUGACUCAAACAGCCGUUUCUCUGGAUAAUGACAGUGAGUCUGUUUACACCAAUAAAGGCAUGCUGUCAUCCACCGCACCGAGUGCACCUGAAUCUCUUCAUUAUUCCUCCAUUUACUUCACAAACGCUGACCCGCCGUCAGGAGAGAUCAUGGGCCUUGCCUCGCUGACCAGUGAAUACGCUGCGGUCCGACACUGUCCUGCACGAGACACAGACACAGAGAACAACGCCUCAACAUCUGAGACAGAGCCCAAAAAACCAGACAUGACAGCAAAGAUCACAGACACGUCCUCACCGGCAUCAGAAGACGUGAUUUAUGAAAACACGAGCCAUCGCUACAGACAGAAGGAAGAGCUGGUCAGUGCAGAUGAUGCUGAAAAACAAGACUGAACCAAAACCUUUGAAUCUUUGAGCACCAAUUUAAGAGAUCCUUCAUCUAAAAAUAACAAUUACAAACCUACAGAACUUUCUUUCAUCUGUGGAACAUAAAGGAAGAUAUUUUAAGUGUUUAUUCCUCAUCAUUUUAACAGGAUAGAUUGCCCAAACAGGCAAAUUUACUGUUAAUGUACUCAUCCUCAGGAAAUUAACGAUGAAGUUUACUUUAUUCAUCAGUAGAAUAGUAAAGAAUUUUCUUGGCGAUUCAUAAAAUGCAAAUCAGCAGCUACAGUCACUCUGAAAGGCAAAAAAA